CAUAGGGUUUGAACACCAGCGACCGCGCAGGACUAAAGCAUUAGCUAUACGUUUUACGAUUUCUUGCCAAUUUACGCGUCAGGUCAACAGUUUUUACUUACCAACUUUGUAUUGUUCUUUCAAGCGCGCGGAUUGAUCCAAAGGUGAGAAUUCUAAAGGCCUUUGCGCAUUUUACGUGAAGAUGCUAGUUAGCCAUCGGCUACCCCACUGAACGAUUCAUGCAAAUAAACAAACCAUGAUAUCUACAUCUAAUUAUCAAUUUAUAGGCACAUGCGUCGACGGUGUAUCUUAUGUUAAUCAUAAGACUGAGUCUUCAAGCGCGUUUACAAUGCCAGCUAGCUAAAGCAUUUGUGUAAGGUGUACAAAUGUUGCAUUUAUGCAAGAGUGCGUAUGUGUUGUUUAUGCCUUUCCAACACGUUUAUAACAAUUUAGACUUUGAAAAGGCAUUUUCUAAGAAAUGCCAAUUCAUUAAGCGAUUUUUUUUUUUUUUUUUUACUUUUUGCUGGACUCGACAAUGCUGAAUGCUACAUUUAUGCACCAUCAUUUCUAAAAUCGAAAGUACCUGGUGUCAGGUCACAUGUUGAGAGCAAUCGAACACGUUCUCACAGUAGUAUGUAUUUUUGUUUUUCUGUCAAACUUACAGAUGCUUUACUUUUAGGGAUAGUUCAUCCAAAAAUUUUAUUUAUCUCAUAAUUUACUCACCAUCAUGCCAUCCCAGAUGUUUAAGGCUUUCUUUGUUCCGCUGAACACAAAUGAAGAUUUUUAGAAGAAUAUCUCAGCUCUUUAGGUCCAUACAAUGCAAGUAAAUGGGUACCCAACAUUUUCAGAAGCCAUAUAAGUGUGGGUGAGAAACGGAUCAAUAUGCAAGUCAUUUUUUUUUACUAUCAACUUUCAUGUUCUUCUUUUGUUUUUGGCGAUUCACUUUAUUCGUGCAUAUCGCCACCUACUGGACAGGGAGGAUAAUUUAUUGCAAAAAGGAUUUAAAUAUAGAUUUAUAUAUAUAUAUAUAUAAUGCGCGGGGGCGUGAUCAUACACACCCGGUCCUGUAUUAGGCUAAUUAAGCCUCUGAGAGGGAUAAAGGUCAACUGCAGAGGAUCGUGCGGGAGAGAGAGAUGAAAAAAAAAAAACUCUUACUCGCCAGUUCUCCGAUCCGCCGUAGCUUGUUCCUCGGCCACUCCUCCACCCUCUAUCGGACGACAGUGUAGGAUCACGACCCGGCCCCGCCCCCCGCCCUGCCACAAUAUAAAAAUAUGAUAUUGCUUCAGAAGACUUGGAGUUAACCACUGGAGUUUAUGUGCAUUUUGGAGCAAAAUUUUGGUACCCAUUCAGUUGCAUUGUAUGGACCUACAGAGCUGAGAUUAGUCUUCUGAAAUAUCUUUGUGUUCAGCAGAAGAUAGAAACAUCUAAGAUGGCAUGAGGGUGAGUAAAUGAUGAGAGAAUUAUUUUCUCUGCAUUUUUAGGUGAACAAUACCUUUUAAGCAUCUCAUUUGCUGCAGACAGAAUUGAGAAAAGUGACUUUCUAAGAAAUUGUUGUUUGUUGCUGAUUUGUUUCCUCUUCGUUCUUUUUAACUGAUUGUGAAUAAGAUGGAUCUCCAGAAAAUUAUCCAUGGUGCACUAUAUGACUUCAUUUUAUCAUAUAUACCUCACAUGGAUCUGAGUACACUAGAUGAUGUGAUUAUGUCUUACAUCACUGGAGUGCUGGAAGAUUUGGGAUCUCAAGAAAAUGUGGAGGAGAACUUUGAUGUAGAGGUGUUUGUUGAAAUGCUUGAGGCUUACAUCCCUGGUUUUUCCGAUAUUGACAGUGUCAAAGUUUGCGAGAUGAUGUUUAAUUUGGCAUCAAAGUUGGCCUCUGCACGGCACACAGAAUGUGGAGAUAUAAAAUUAGAAGAGAGUACAUUUCCCCUCUCCGAAAGUUCUGCCUUAACUCACAGAGACUUGGGAGCAAAGACACACAACCUUACAUCACAAGCAGAGGGAGCCACAGCUAAGGUGAGUGAAUCUGCAUGGGAUAACCAGGAGCAACUACUCCUUGAGAUGUUCCCUAAGUGCAGUGUGACAGAGGCAAGAAGUGCAUUGUCUAUUGCUAAAGGAGACAUGGAGGAAGCUGUUUGCCUCAUUAUUGAGGGUGAUGUCCAGCUUAAGUGCCCUCCAUCACUCAGCGCAUGUCAAGGGAAGACCAUAUCUGCAGAAGUUGAUAAGAAACUUAAAGCAAACAUUUUAGAAAAGUACAUGCUGGUUGAUAGUGAAGAAGAUAAAAAAGUACACAGACCACUCACUCCAAAAGAUGCUCCUAAGAAACUGGUGCGCUACCACGGCAGUCAGGUGGUCACCACAAAGGGAGAGCGCUACCAUCUUCUCAAGAAAGAAGAAACGGAAGAUAUGAAAAAGACCUACGUUAGUCUCAAGCCAGCACGCAAAUAUCGCUUUCAUUGAGGAAAAGCAUAUUGUUG